UGGCGGAAUGAAUACAACCACAGUUCAAGUGUUUCCAUUGCACACAAAUUACUCGUAAAACCUCUCUAGCAAGGGCGAUAUUGCGCGUACCCGUGACUCUCUUGCCAUAGAAAACAAAGCUGUCCGCGCGGCAUCCAUUACAGCCGAGUGUGCAGACUUCGGGAAUAUAUGAAUAUAGACGCUAGAAAACACUCCUAAAUAUGGAUUUACAGCGAGUAUAGGAUUAGUUGAUACUCGGGCCUGUAAGGGCAGUGAGACUGCAGGACACUCGCGAAACUGACGAAAUAUACAGUUUUUCUCGGGGCGCUUUGUCUUGGCCACCUAGCAAACCAUCAUUGGCAUUCGAUUGGAAGCUGUUCGCUAGAUGGGGGCUGGGGUACAUCGCCAUGUUGUUAUCAAAUAGUAACUGUUAAAAAAUACAUCUUGAAGUAAAGGCGGAAAUUUUGUCCACAAGGUCCUACCUUUUGGCCACAGGGAACCGAAUCUCUACAGUCGCGGAACCCACCACUGACUGUUGUCGUCGGUGACAUGGCGGAGCAAGGCUACUCUUCUUGGGCGUACUCCCUCGUCGACUCCAGCCAGGUGUCCACUUUCCUCAUCUCCAUCCUCCUCAUUGUCUAUGGCAGCUUCAGAUCAUUAAACAUGGACUGUGAGAACCAGGAGAAAGAUAAGGAUGGUAACCCAGUCCCAAAUGGGGCCUUCAACAAUGGCAACACAAACAACAGUGAGUCUCACAUAUUUGGUAUUCAGACCAUAGACUCCACGCAGGCUCUGUUCCUGCCCAUAGGAGCCUCCGUGUCUCUGCUCGUCAUGUUCUUCUUCUUUGACUCUGUCCAGGUGGUUUUCACCAUUUGCACCGCAGUUCUUGCGACAAUUGCAUUUGCAUUCCUCCUGUUGCCAAUGUGCCAGUACUUGACCAGACCCUGCUCCCCACAAAACAAUAGGAUCUCGUUUGGCUGCUGUGGGCGCUUCACUCUGGCCGAGCUCCUCGCCUUCUCCCUCUCUGUCAUGCUGGUGCUGAUCUGGGUGCUGACUGGACACUGGCUGCUCAUGGACGCUCUAGCCAUGGGGCUGUGUGUGGCCAUGAUAGCGUUUGUGCGGCUGCCGAGUCUAAAGGUGUCUUGCCUGCUGCUGUCAGGGCUGCUCAUCUAUGACGUGUUCUGGGUGUUCUUCUCGGCCUACAUCUUCAACAGCAACGUGAUGGUGAAGGUGGCCACCCAGCCGGCUGACAACCCCUUAGACGUGCUGUCCAGGAAGCUCCACCUGGGCCCUGGGAUGGGCCGUGACGUCCCACGCUUGUCGCUGCCUGGCAAGCUGGUUUUCCCCAGUUCCACAGGCAGUCACUUCUCCAUGCUGGGGAUCGGGGACAUAGUGAUGCCGGGGCUACUGCUGUGCUUCGUGCUGCGCUACGACAACUACAAGAAGCAGGCCAACGGGGAGGCGGGGAGUCCAGGCACGCCGGGACGCAUGGGGCGCGUCUCCUACUUCCACUGCACUCUCAUCGGAUACUUUGUGGGCCUGCUGACUGCCACUGUGGCCUCCAGGAUCCACCGUGCGGCUCAGCCUGCCCUGCUCUACUUGGUGCCCUUCACCCUGCUGCCUCUACUCACCAUGGCCUACCUGAAGGGAGACCUGCGGCGUAUGUGGUCAGAGCCUUUCCACACAAAGGCCAGCAGCUCCCGCUUCCUGGAGGUAUGAUGCACCCUGGGAACACAGCCAGCGUGGGGAGGACCAGGGACCCCUACCCCCUGUCCUGAGAGAAAGGGAGCGAGCGGGAGAGUUGCACACUGAAGAGAGGCCUCGUCCUCCUCAUCACUAGUUCAUUCUUUCCACCCAUCCUCUGAGCAGCAGACCUCACAUAUGGACAGCAGUGUGUGGACCUCAUUGCCAGACAUAACUCCUCAUUGCUUCCUGUUUUCCUCUCUCUCAUCUCUUCCCUUUCUUUCCUUAUCUUCUCACACUUCUAUUUUUGUCCUCUCUCUCGCUUCCCUACUUUUCCAUCCCUCACCCACCUCCCCCUCCCUUACCAUGGUCCAUUUCAUUUUGUCAGGCCUCUCCCUCUCUCCUUUUGCUCUUGGUCUCUGUUUUACUACCGCCCCUCCGUCCCCUCAUCUGUGUAUCUCACCGUCUCUGCCGGACUCCAAGGCCAGGCCUCCCCCUAUAUGGACUACUGUGUGUGGGAUGUGACUGAGGCUUUUUUUUAGCAUCAUCUCCAUUACAGUUAUUGUUAUUAUUCUGGAAUGAACUGCAGAGGAGGAUAGGAGAGUAGGCAGAACUGUUGCUGCCACUACGCAGGACAAUGACAUCAGUGCACAGGACCAGCAGCCUACGGGAGAGCGAGAAGGAACGGCAACGGUUCAUCAGUCGCUCCCUCCAUCCAUCCAUCUCUCUGCCCUCCAUCUACCCCUCUGUCCCCUGAACGCCUCCUCUUUUUCCUCAACACCCUCCCCCUCUCUAACAAGCUCACCUUUCGUCAUUCGCUGCCCCAUCACAGAUACAGGUAUUUUAUUUAGAAAAUAUUUUAUUCUUGGCAUAUACAGAAAUUAUGCAUUAUAAAUUGUGAAUGUGUCCCUACUAUUGAGGGGGAAAGCAUCUCUCUUUGUAUAUAUAAAUGUGUACACAAGUAUUUGGGUGUCAUGGUGUGUGUGUGUGUGUGUGAGCGCAUAGUAUGUGAGACUGUGUUAUUUCAUUAUUAUGAACCAUUGAAUGAUGUUUUUGAUUUUAGAUCCAGGACAGGUAUAAAAGACAUUGACAAUGAGAACUUGUGGUUUGACAUUUAGAGAGUGGGGGUUGAUGGGACAUGUCGUUUUUUGGGCAGGUCUCUUACUUGGAUCACAGCUCGGUUCUAUAAGGUUAGACACACUAGGAGUGGUUUACUUGUGAACACAUUCCCUCCCAUGAGUGACAAAAUGGACAUCGGGGAAACAAAGUUAACCCUCGACAUGUGCCGUGGCUGCACCUGGAGGUGUGUCUGUUUGUGUGUGUGUGCCUGGUCUUAUAGAAUUACCUCUAUAAAGUCUGUAAUGGACCUUGAGGGAGGAAAUCUCUAUUACGCCCUUCAGAGGGAUUUAUCUCAAUAAAGGAUUGUAAUCAAUGGACCCUGAGAGGUUAACUAACCCAUAGCUAGGUUUUACUGUCAAAGGUUGGGUAUCCCAACAGUUAUUGGAUGUUUUUGGAUUGUCAUUCCUCCCACAGUUUUGUGGUGCUUGUCAGUUAGAUCAGGGCUUCUCAAACCCCUCUGGGUGCACGUUUUGUUUUUUUCCCUAGCACAACACAGCUGAUUGAAAUAAUCAAAGCUUGAUGAUGAGUUGGUUAUUUGAAUCAGCUCUGUAGUGCUAGGGCAAAAAACCAAAACGGGGGCCCCAGGACCCAGUUUGAGAAACCGUGAAUUAGAUCAUAGCUUAAACAAUGCUGGAAUUAAAGUGUGUGCGUGUGAAAGAGUGUUUGUGAGAGCAAAACAGUCGGAGGGAGAGAGAGACUUGAAUGGAAAAUGCAGUUUACUGGCUUCCUGUCUUGAGUUUUAUUUUUUACCUGUUUUUUAUGUUUGUUCUCUGGCCUUGCAUGUCAAGUGUACAGUGUGUCAUUCCUCAGACUGCAGCAACAGGGCAGAGACUGCUGGCACAAACCAAUGCAUUAAGCUUUGCCAGCAAGGCUGCAGAGAGGAAAGUUACAUGGACAUAGGCCAGAAGUCUGGAGGACUAAACAGUUCUGACCCAAAAGGCCGCCUGGCAGAUCUGAGACUCGUUUAGCCCCGAAUUUCACUCUUAAUACAUUACCUGGACAUUGUCUGGCUGUGGGACAGACCACUGUCGGACAGCCUAAACAUCAUGGACCUGUAUGUUACCACAACAACUCCAUCCCUGUCCUCUCUGCCUCUUUAUGGACUUGGCAAAGAAAAGAGAACUGAUGAUGAUCAUAGUGAUGAAUAAUUGAAGAAAAAUACAGAUGUUUUCAUUUUUUUAUGGAAGAUGGCUUUCUAUUUCUCCCCUUGUUUGUAUGUUUUAGGGGUUUCUUAGUUUUCCAUCUUAUACUUUUCUUUCCUCCUCCCUUGCAGCAGAGGGCUCUAGCUCUUUUGCUGCGUUGACAUUACAGCUGAAUGGAUUCUGUAUAAAAAAAUAUAUAUAUAUUUAAAACUGUUUAGUGACACAUGAAUCCUAAUGAGCUGAAUCUAAAACAGUUUGUCUCCUUUAACCCCCCCUGUUCCUUUCCCUCCAUUCAGUCAGGAUUCUGCUGUAAAUAAAAGAUGAUUCUAACUGUA